GGGAGGCUCCGCCUAUCUGUGGCACCAGAGCCGGCUGCGCGCGCAGUUAUCGAGCGGGGCGUGGUGGAAGACCUCGCGGCCUACGCUGACGUAGCACAGCACCCUGACGUCACUUUUUCCUGUGUGACGUGAUGCAGAGCCUGAGCCUUAGGCCUCUUUGUCCCUCCUGACCUGGGUGUACCGGCAGGAUGGCCUCGCCCCUUAGGGGCAAGUCCUCCGUCCCACGAGUGGAAAGCACCCGCCACAAGGAGACUGUCCUCGUGGAGACCUCGUCCCACCGCGAGGAAACAUCAUCCCACCGCGUGGAGACGUCCUCCCGGCAGGUUCGAACGUCUUCCCGGCAGGUGGAGACGUCUCUGCGCCACCGAGAGGGGCCCUCCCUCACCCCCUCCACGAAGCGACUCCCCGGAUUCCUCGAGGUGUCCUCCCAGCACGUGGAAACCUCCUCGCAGUGCACGGAAACGUCCUCCAGCCACGUCAGGGCGUCGUCGUCCCUGCGGGUGGAGACGACUUUGCACCGUGUAGAGAGCCCAGCCAGGCGGGACAAGAAAGCUGCUCGCCAGAGUGCCAAAACGGCCCGAUGAAGCGUUGCCCAAGGACCCUGGCCCUUAGCCAGGACAGAAGUGCUUCCAGUUGCCUGCCAGCCGGCUUCCAAGAGAGCCAAGCAUCUUUGGUUUCAUGGAAUCAGCCCAUAAAUCAAUGUAAGAAACAGGCUGUGGUUUCGGGGCGCUGCCAACAUGUAUUGACAUUGCAGCACCUUAGCCCACCCUCCUAUUGACCCAGAGUACUAUUAACUUGAAGCCAGCACAGAAAGGUUUAAGACUUGCGGUACUGUAUAUACCCAGCCGAUGGACGUAGAGGCUCUUUGAGUCUCUGCACCAGCAGGAUUGUGGGAAGCCUGAAAAGAAGUAAUGGAAGUGUGGCAAUAGUACCUUCUGGUGAGGAGCAGAACAAGAGCCCUCAGAGGAAGAGGAUGUGUUGCUCUGUAGGGAACCUCUACAUCUCUUCUCUAAUGUAUGUGCUAUUUACCCCUAGAACAAAAAACUGCAAACAACCCUGAUUAAGCAGGACUCCUUGUGAGUUAAAAGUACUUGCUACUUCCAGUUACUUUUUUAAUCCUAGGGGUGCAUUGGGUUAUCCCCUAGAAUGGGGGCUUAUGUUAGAAAAAAUGUUUUAACUGUUAUAGAUGCUGUAACCACCACUACCCCGAGGCUACCCUGAUACCUCUCUACCUCAUAAAACUGCUAUUAACAAAGAGCCUUUGGAAUGUCAGUCUCUUCCAGCUUACUAAUUCUUUUUAACAUGCCCAACUGUGCCCUAAAUACAAAUGAACAGAGAGUUGCUUCUCUUUAGCAGUGCUCCUUAUUACAAAACUGGUAUGUGUCUAAUGUAACAAACUAAAUCAAAGGUUUAUAAAGAAACAUUUAAUACUGUAUCGUCUUUCCUUUCUAGCCUGGAAAUAAUGUCAGAAAUGUGUUUGUCCUUCCAACUUUUCUCCAUUAACAAAGAUUCUUGCUUCUGUUUCCUCUUUUAGUAGUAUCUGGAAGACUGGCUGAAUGUGACCUGGAAAAGCCAGACACCUGACUUCUAUCUAGAUCACUGAUGCUCCAGGAAAGGCACAAGAUCCUGGUAGAUUCUCUGUUGUCCGUCUCUUAAAAGAAAUUUUUAUCUAGGUUUCUUCCUCCACAUUCCACUUAUUCAUGUUUCAAAGCUGGAAUGGAAAGAGAGAUGCUUAGAGCAAGAAGGUGCCAAAGAAGUAAUAGAUAUGAUAAAUCCAUAUUUGCCAUAAUACUAUAUUAUACAUUCCACAACUUCAAAAUGGCACUGUGUGUUGAAGGUAAUUGUUAAUGUACCUGUUGUACUUUGUAAAUGCAUGUUAGCGUUAGCCAUGCUGGGUGUCGUCUUCACAUUGUUCUCUGUAGGAAAUAGUGCUGCUGAACCUGGCACAUGUCAUGCAGCGUUAAAGAAAAUAAGUGUGACAAUAAUGAACGAAGAGCGGCAGUCUCCAUUUGCAGUCAAGAAAGCCUCUAAUGGCACAAUCUAAAACUUGAGUUUAUUAUGCUAGGUAGUAGUUGUGUACAACUUGCCUUCAGUUGUACAGGUCAGGUUAGUUUGAAAAACUAAAUAAAUGCAAAUUCUUGGAAAGAAGUCACUUCUUAUUCUCAUAAUCUUCCUUUUUAUAUAUUACGUCAGGGUGGUUUACAAUAUCUACUGUCUGUUGUAUUGAAAAGAAAUGGCUGGCUGUUGUGGUGCACACCCAUAAUCCCAGGACAAGGAGAGGCUGAUGCAGCAGGAUUACCAUGAGCUUUAGGCCAUCCAGGGCUAUAUAAUAAUUAUCAGACUAGUCAAAGUUAUGAAGCAAGAUCCUAGCUCAAAAAAUAAAAGAAAGAAGAAAAAGGAAGGGCAAGCCCAGUAAGAUGGCUUGGAGCAUAAAGGUGCCUGCCACCAAUCCUGAUACCUGAGUUUGAUUCCAGAAACUCACAUGGUAGUAGGAGAGAACAAACCCCUGAAAGUUGUCCUGUGACCUCCACACAUAUGUCUCCCCUCACCCUUCUCACACAUACACAAUAUAUUUAAUUAAAAUUUUAAAAGGUUGGCGUUAACAGCUUCCUCUUUUCCUGAACUACUCAGGCCCUGGGAAGAACCAGGGAUCUAGUUAACAAGGUGUUUUCUCACAUCUUCACCUAGACUUUCCAGAAUUCCUGUUCCCCCAUUCUCUCUAUUGCUCCCAGCCUAGAGUGACAAGUACAGGUAUCUGAGCCCUGAAUGUUUGACCCAGCUUCUACUGUGUUAAAUAGCCUUUACCUCUGGUUCCCCUGCCUUUACCUCUGGUUCCCCUUUCCACCCCCAGUAAUCAAUGGUUAGAAC